UAAGUCACUGCCGUUUUCGCGCAGGCGCGCCGUCGGCACUCCGCCCCCAGGCGCAGGCGCAGCAUGGGAGUCUCGACUCCAGCACAGGCGCAAUGCAGCGCUCAGCCCCGGCGCAGGCGUUUGGGUGUUGCUCCCGCCCCGCUUCCUCGGCCGUCUUCUCCACCGGGCUCGGGUGGGGCCCAAAGGCGGCGAGUGACAGCGACUCCGGACCGCGGGCGCAGGGCGGGUGGCAGCCAUGUCGGACAGCGGGGCGAGCCGCCUGCGGAGGCAGCUGGAGUCGGGGGGCUUCGAGGCGCGGCUGUACGUGAAGCAACUGUCGCAGCAGUCGGACGGCGACCGCGACCUGCAGGAACACCGGCAGCGCGUGCAGGCGCUGGCGGAGGAGACGGCACAGAACCUGAAGCGCAACGUCUACCAAAACUACCGGCAGUUCAUCGAGACGGCGCGCGAGAUCUCGUACCUGGAGAGCGAGAUGUAUCAGCUGAGCCACCUGCUGACGGAGCAGAAGAGCAGUCUGGAGAGCAUCCCGCUGGCCCUGCUGCCCACCGCCGCCGCGGGCGCCUCCACGGGUGAAGACACGACGGGCGCGGGGCCGCGGGAGCGCGGGGCGGCGCAGGCAGGCUUCCUGCCCGGGCCGGCGGGCGUCCCCCGCGAGGGCCCUGGUGCGGGGGAGGAGGGCAAGCAACGCACACUCACCACACUGCUGGAGAAAGUGGAGGGCUGCAGGGACCUGCUGCAGACGCCAGGCCAGUACCUGGUGUACAACGGGGAUCUGGUGGAAUACGAGGCGGAUCACAUGGCCCAGCUGCAGCGCGUGCACGGCUUCCUCAUGAACGAUUGUCUGCUGGUGGCUACCUGGCUGCCACAACGGCGAGGCAUGUACCGCUAUAACGCGCUUUACCCACUGGACCGCCUGGCUGUGGUCAACGUCAAGGACAAUCCACCUAUGAAAGACAUGUUCAAGCUGCUCAUGUUCCCUGAGAGCCGCAUCUUUCAGGCAGAAAAUGCCAAGAUUAAACGUGAGUGGCUGGAAGUGUUGGAGGAAACCAAGAGGGCGCUCAGCGACAAGAGGAGGAGGGAGCAGGAGGAAGCAGCGGCCCCCCGCGCGCCACCACCAGUCACUUCCAAAGGCAGCAACCCGUUUGAGGACGAGGAUGAUGAAGAACUGGCCACCCCCGAGGUGGAGGAGGAAAAGGUAGACCUCUCCAUGGAGUGGAUCCAGGAGUUGCCCGAAGACCUGGAUGUCUGUAUUGCGCAGAGGGACUUUGAGGGCGCUGUGGACUUGCUGGACAAAUUGAAUCACUACCUGGAAGAUAAGCCCAGCCCACCUCCUGUGAAAGAGCUGAGGGCCAAAGUGGAUGAACGAGUGCGACAGCUCACCGAGGUGCUGGUGUUUGAGCUCUCCCCGGAUCGUUCUCUGAGAGGUGGCCCUAAGGCUACGCGCAGGGCAGUGUCUCAGCUGAUCCGGCUGGGCCAGUGCACUAAAGCUUGUGAGCUGUUUCUGAGGAACAGGGCAGCAGCCGUGCACACUGCCAUCCGCCAGCUUCGAAUUGAGGGCGCCACUCUGCUCUACAUUCACAAGCUGUGCCACGUCUUCUUUACCAGCCUCCUGGAGACCGCAAGGGAAUUUGAGACAGACUUUGCAGGCACGGACAGUGGCUGCUACUCUGCGUUUGUGGUUUGGGCACGAUCUGCAAUGGGCAUGUUUGUGGACGCUUUCAGCAAGCAAGUUUUUGACAGCAAGGAGAGCCUGUCCACUGCAGCUGAGUGUGUGAAAGUGGCCAAGGAGCAUUGCCAGCAGCUGGGAGAGAUUGGGCUGGAUCUCACCUUCAUCAUCCACGCCCUGCUGGUGAAGGACAUCCAGGGGGCCUUGCACAGUUACAAGGAGAUUAUCAUCGAAGCCACCAAGCACCGCAACUCGGAGGAGAUGUGGCGUCGAAUGAACCUGAUGACUCCUGAGGCCCUAGGAAAGCUCAAAGAGGAGAUGAGAAGUUGUGGGGUCAGUAACUUUGAGCAGUACACGGGAGACGACUGCUGGGUGAACUUGAGCUACACAGUGGUAGCUUUCACCAAGCAGACCAUGGGCUUCCUGGAGGAGGCGUUGAAACUGUACUUCCCAGAGCUACACAUGGUGCUCCUGGAGAGUCUGGUGGAAGUCAUCCUGGUUGCCGUGCAGCAUGUGGACUACAGCCUGCGGUGUGAGCAGGACCCAGAGAAGAAGGCAUUCAUCAGGCAGAAUGCAUCCUUUCUUUAUGAAACUGUCCUCCCAGUGGUGGAGAGGAGGUUUGAGGAAGGUGUGGGGAAGCCUGCCAAGCAGCUGCAGGACCUGCGGAAUGCAUCUAGACUCCUGCGGGUGAAUCCCGAGAGCACCACUUCUGUGGUCUGAGGCCCUGGUCUGCUGUGUGUCUGUGUGUGUACAUGUGCUACAGAUGCAUUAUUUGUAUUUACAUUACACUUGUCAGCACAUUCCUCAGAGUCACAAACAGUAUAUAGAUGGUGUCCUCUUAGAAAUACAGUCAAAGGAGAAAGAAAAUGUGUUAAGUCCCACCCACCCCCGAUAUUGGAAUUAUUAGAGCAUAUACCAUGCUUUUAUAUUAACUCCUAAAGGAAUGUAUGAAAUAUAUAGUCACACCAUGGCAUUUCAGAUUACCCUCUGACUUGAUACACACUUCUCACAGUA